UGGUGAACGGAUUGCUUCCGUGUGUAAAAAGGAAAGUCCAGAAUGGCGUAACACAAGAGACGGGAACCGAGAAUAGUAGCUUAUUGUGCAGUAAUAUCCUACUUUAUAUCAAGUUCAAAGGCCUAUCGAGUCGCCCACUUGUUUUUUGGCUGAAGAAGGAGGCUGUUUUUUAUUUCUUGCGACUGUUUCCGAAGAGCCUCAACAAUGUCAUCGGUGCGAUCCAUUGGUGGCGGCCUCAUGGUCGUCACAAAGAUUGUCCCGAUCGAGGGCGAGGGUGAAGUCCCCAUGGGUGAUGUGACAUCAGCAGAGUUCAGAAGGCCGACCCCACGGCUUGUAGCGGUGCCCAACGCCGAGAAGGUGCCGGAGUCGGCACGAGUCUUUCAGAAAAGCCACCCCAUGCCUCUCGGAGUUGUGCAGAUAUUCCUUGGGCUGAUGACUGCAGCUGUUGGCGUGUUGACACUCAUCCAGCCGGUCAUCUUUGGGGAGAUUCCUCUGGGCCUGGGGAUAUUCUUCAUCAUCUCAGGAUCUGUGACAGCUGCAGCACACAAAGGACAAAACAUGAACAUGAUCAAAGGAGCGUUGGCCGUGAACAUCGUCAGCUGCUUGCUGGCGUUGCCUGCUGUUGGCUACAUUUGUUUGGAACUGUCCAAGCAGAUCUACGAUGAGUGCCUGGAACGAGACAGGGACCGCUACGACUAUGGAAAUAAUUACUGGGAAUGCUUCAGAGCAGUCAGACAGUACAAAAGUGCGGUUAACGGGCUGAAAGGGUUGCUGUUGGUCAUGGCCGUAUUCCAGUUCUGUGUGUCCACUACGGUCUCCGUCUUCGCUGCCAAAGCCAUCAGACGCCAGGCGGACAAUCACCAGGUUGGGUGCUUGACGGGUCCCUCUGGUGGGGCUGACGAUGCCCCUCUCUUAACUCCUUAAAGAGAGAGGAGAGGAGAGGAGAGGAGGGGUGAGGACGAGGAGGGUUGAGGAGAGGAGAGGAGAGUAGAGGACGGUUGAGGAGAGGAGGGUUGAGGAGAGGACGAGGAGGGGAGAGGACGAGGAGGGGAGAGGAUGAGGAGGGGAGAGGAGGAGUGAGGAGAGGAGAUAGAACACAUAUCUUUUAACACUUGAGUGUCUUAGAGCAGUGUUUCCCAACCUUUUUUUGUCUUGUGUACCCCCAAGCCUUUUCGUUGUGCCAUGAGUAAGUCAAGUUCUAUAUCGCUUUCACCAUCCCAAUUUAACUGACCAUAUAUUCCAUAUAUUCCAUAUAUAGUCCAUAUAUUUGUUAAAAUUAAAAUUUUCCAAGUACCGCCUGCAGUGUGCUCCCAUACCCCUAGUGGUACACGUACCACUGGUUGGGAAACAGUUUCUUAGAGGUAAUGUGGAUACUACGGUGAGGAAGGGCCCUCUAAAAUAGAAAGGAUGACAGAGAGGUAUUUUAUUCACAUACUUAAUUAAGCACUUCUCAGAAUAGCUGACAUUAAAUCACAUACUGCGUACAUGGCCUUGCCCAUGUAUAUGAGAAGUGGGAAACUGUACUGUAUAUACUCUGAAACGUAAGUGACCUUAUGUUAAAUUUCCAUAGUUAAUGUAGCUCAACUCCAUUCUUUAUCUGAACCAACAAGGAUCUGUUUAUGCACUUUUAAUUACCAUUAAAGAAUAAUGUACUAUAUUGCAUUACAUUGCACUUAACUGAUGCUUUAAUCUAAAGCAAUUUACAGUUCCUUUAAGAACAGGAUAUUGGUUACAGUCCCUGGAGCAGUGUGGGAUUAGGUGCCUUGCUCAAAGCCAUGGAGUGAGAUGGGCAGUGGAAGGAUGGGAUUCGAACGUGCAACCCUCUGCUCUAAAGCCAAUCUCCUUAACCACUAGGUCAUGGCUGUCUCCUAUAUAGAAACUAUAGCCCAAAAAAGUCACUUUACUUUUCUUUACUUUUACUUUGGUGCGUAGAAUUGCCUCUUUUGUGUGCUGUUUUGUAAUGCUAUUUUGUUUUAAGCCAUUCUGGGCCUAUUGAUAUGUUUUUUAUUGAUAGUGAAGACGGUGAUGGGAAGUACUUUGAGGGAGAAAGGGAUAUGGUGGGCAUUUCUGCAUCCUUAUCGUCUGUGUCUGAAACACAGCAUAUAGAUUUGUCUAUUGUUGAUCGUUCACUAGACAGCCAUGUGUUUUUGUAAACCAACCUCAUUUACUGACUGUAUCUGCACUAGUCCUAUUGGAGCAUUGGUUGUUGUUAGGAAAUGUAUUUUCUUCUGAAAUAAAACUAACUGAAAUAAUAAACUUCUGUUGAUUUGU